AUGAAGCUGAUCGUAAGUGCUGCAUUCUUGGGAGUUGCCACCGCUAUCAACGCGUGCACCGGCAGCGGUCCUCUCGAAUGCCCACCCGGAGGAACUACCUACCAGUGGUGCCGAGACAAUUUCGUUGACUACGUCGCCGAGCCCGAUGUCGAUGGAAAUGUUGAGAAGCCAAACCCUACUCACGUUAAGACACACGAGUCUCGACGACCACUCGCCCGAGAGCCACGAGAAAACUGGCAGGUCGAGUUCAAGCGAGUCGCCGCCCGACUUCUCGCCCAGGACCCCUCUAUCACCUCCAACAAAGAAGUUGCCGACUCUCUACUCUCCUACUUCCAGAGCCUUUGGCCCACUGACGGAUGGGUCUUUGUCGUCGUCAACAACAACGAGGCCUCUGAUGACUGCAUGCAGAUGAACAGCAUCGAGAAUGGAACUCAUAUGCGAUCGUGCUUUGACCACUGGUACUCUGGUUGCCGAGAAGAGGUCGAUGGUCUGGUCGGCUCUAAGGCUUGCCGAAACGAGAUCAUCUCCGACAACAACACCAAACGAUCCGCCAUUGGUGUUCAGGUCAACCGAGCCAUCGAGCAUAUGAUCAAGGUCGACAAGAGACACGUCUUCUGGUUCACUUCUCACGCCGAAGGCUGCGAAGAGAACGGCGAAUGCGGCGCUCUCAACCAGUUCGGAAAACCAUGGAACACUGCUGGUGAUAAGCCACGAGUCAUGGACCAGAUCGGAUCUAAGUUCGGUGUCUCCGCUAAGGAUCUUACUCUCAAGAACGACCUGAUGCGAUCUAUGGCCGCCAAACUCAUCUGGCAACACUACCGACAGGGUCUUGAUCGAGAAUUCAUCUCCAUCAACAACGACUACUGCUCCAGCUGGGAUACUCUCAUCACUUUCUGCUCCAAGACAAGCCAGCCCGACGGAAACAACGUCUGGGGCGACAUCGCCUGGAACAAGGUCAACAUCGACGACGCUCACUACUUCACCGACUACCAAGAAUACGAGAUCGGUCUUGAAGACGAUUGGUACGGAAACAACGGCAUGGGCCAGUGCGUCACCAUCGGCGUCGUUCCAUUCUCUCACUAA